UUGUUUUUCGUCACAUCAAACAAAUCACGUGAUCUAAAUCAAACGUGCGCAUGCGUGUUGACACGUAAACAUGGCGAGCGUAUCACAUUCAGAAGAGAAAGCCAGAAAUAUACUAGAAGGCUUCCAUGUAAACUGGAUGAACCUACGAGACGCAAGUUCCGGAAAAAUUCUCUGGCAAGGAAGCGAAGAUUUGUCUGUUCCUGAUGUAGAACAUGAAGCUCGCGUGCCGAAAAAGAUUCUAAAAUGUAAGGCGGUCUCGAGAGAGGUCAACUUUUCGUCGAAAGAGCAGAUGACGAAAUUGAGAUUGGAGCAGAGAGUUUUAUUCAAAGGAAAAUGUUUGGAGGAGUGGUUGUUUGAUUUCGGAUUCGUCAUCCCCGAAUCAACAAACACUUGGCAGUCUCUCAUUGAAGCAGCACCAGAAGGUAAAAUGAUGCCGGCAUCCAUCCUCAAUGGGAAUGUUGUGAUUGAAACGAAGUUCUUUGAUGACCAACUGCUAGUCAGCACGUCGAAAGUGCGAGUGUAUUACAUUUAGUGAAGUCUACUGUACAUGUUAAGAGACAUUCAGCAUGCUAUGUUGGUCGUAUUGAUUGGUCUAUUUUUACUCGUGUCCAGAAGUAUGUAUGUCGCCACGUGUAUCAUCAACUUGUUAGACUAAGUAAGUCUAGUGUUGUUGAUUGAAAUAGGAGAAAUAAUGAA